AUGAUGCACCGCAGCACCGCAGAGGAAAUGGACAGGCUUCAGCUGUCUGAUGAUGACUCUGAUGACCUUUGGGAUUCCCCCUCUAAACGCGGAAAUAAAAUACUACAUCAGCGAGCUGUGAAGGAAGAGAGCAUGUCGCCAGAACCCACAAUCACCCAUGAUGCAGGGGAAACUCUGUUUGAUCGCCAGGAGGCGCGGGAAGCCGCGUUGCGCAGUGAAUUAGAGAGCGUCCGCAAGAUCAACCAGGUCAUUGAGGGGCUGCUAGGAAGCCUGGAUUGUGCUAAGGAGAACAUGGGUACUGUCUCGCGCACCAUAGAUUCCGCUUCUACAUUGCUCAACACUUGGACGCGUAUCCUCUCCCAGACCGAACACAACCAGCGGUUAAUUCUCAAUCCUAAUUGGCAAGGCGCCGUUCAAGAUGUGGCCGACAUGGAAAACGAAGAACUCCUCCGGCAACAGGCCGCAGAGAGACGUGAACGGGAACUCCAGCAGCAAAGGGAAGCUGCUGCCCGGAAGGCUGAAGAGGAUCAGCGAAAGAGAGCGCUGGCCGCGGGCUCCCGCACGACGCGUGGAACGACCACUCGUGGACGGGUGACCGGUCAGUGGGAUCGCGCGGGGCACAGGGAUUGCGCGGGGGCGCGGCAGGGCGUAGAGGCGGGCAUGAACAGACGGUUUUCCAUGUACAGUACUACGAGAGGAUAUGAGACGAAAGCCAAUGACAAUGAUGAUAUGAUGAUACCCAAGACAACACUCAAGCUAUGUGAGCGGGGAAGUGAUAAGGUGCCUGAGGCGACGAACUGCGGCGCCGCGAUAAAGCUACUUUGUACUAGUAGCUCAGGCGUGGGCUGA